AUGGGUGACUCAAGUGAAAGUAAGCCCGAUAGUGUUGGGGACUCGAGCAUUCUUGUGGACAUCAAAAGAACCCUUGAAAAUGAUGAAGAUAAACCGAGCAACGGCGCCGAUGGUCAGGAAUUAACGGCAAAGAAUGCUAACUUGGAUCUAAGUAACACUACUCAUGCAGGACUUAUGCGCACGGAGAUCCUGGAACAAGACAAUCCGUUUACCAACAAGCGGCCGGAAAUAGCCUCAGAUACGUCAAGUUUGAAGGAGAAUAGGCUGUUAGAGAACCCAAACAAGCAAUACCAAAGCCGGACUGAUGUUGAUGAGGACACAGAACCGUUAAACACUCAGCCGCGGUCUCAUAGUAGUGGUUCGGGAAGCAUGGAUAUCAAACGGCCAGAGCCUUCCACCCGGGAAGCUGACACAGGACUAGGUGACAAGGUGUACAUUUCAGAGGCUUCAAAGGCUUCGGAAGGGCAAGGAAGAACCUAUAUCGCUUACACCAUCAAAUACAAAGCAUCUACUGUCAAGAGAAGAUACAGUGAUUUUGAAAGUUUGCGUAAAAUCCUGAUAAAGCUGUUUCCAAUGACCCUGAUCCCCCCGAUCCCAGAAAAACAGUCUAUUACUAGUUACGGCAAGUCAAUGGCAGGUUCCAAAUCCAGUUACCUACUGCCGUCGGAAGCUGCUGGAUCUGUUGACUUGUCGCUCUCUGUGAUAAAUGGUUCCGUUAAUACUAACGACGAAAAGCUAAUUAGACACCGCAUCAGAAUGCUAACUAGCUUUUUAAACCGACUACUGAAGAACGAGGAAAUCACGAAGACUUCGAUCAUAACAGACUUUUUGGAUCCGAACAACACCAACUGGAACGAUGUCAUAACUAGCUCGGCCACCAUAUCUUCUCUGCCCAAAAGUGUCCUGCUUUGCAACCCACUUGAUCCAACAAAUACUACUCGAGCUCACAUCUUCUUACCCAUCCCUUCAUCUUCUACUCAAUUGUUACUGAACAAGGAAAUUCUCGCUACGACUGCACACGAUGAAGCGGACGACGGUUUUGGCAAGAUUGAGCAAGAGUACAGAAAUUAUGAGCAUGUUAUGGAAGCAGGGUUCUACAAAUACAACAAAAGAAUUACAAAGAACUUUCAUGCGUUGAGACAAGAGAUGAAGGAACUAAGCGAAGCAUUCGCAGAAUUUUCGAACGACCAAAAGCGCGGUGCUGAAUUGGCCGAACAGCUCUCCCAUUUGAGCAAUGCCUUUGACGAGAGCGCUUUGGAGCUGGAAUCCAUUGUGGGAAAACUUUACUACAAUAUCAAUGAGCCAUUAAGCGAGGCAGUUCACAUGGCCGGAGCCGCGCAGGAGCUGCUGAGAUAUCGAAGAUUAAAAAGCGUUCAAAAAACAAUUUUGAUUCGGACCCUGUUGUAUAGAAAGGCGCAAGUGAAGAAGUUACAAGAACGAGAGUCUGAAGCUAGAAAAGUCGAUCAUAUGGUAGAUGAGCAGGUUGGCCAACAAGACCACAUAAACCUAAAGCAUCCCCAAAAUCGCACGUAUUCUGGGAAGUUCAUGACAAAAAUCAACAAAAUAGCGUCGAUGGUAAAAGAAACCGUGAGUUACCAGGACCCUGACCCCACUACUGCAAUAGAAAACCUCGAGAAAGAGAUUUCACAGCUCAGUGAGUCUCUAGAGAUGAGCGAAAAAGACUUAGGUAUUAUAUCGACAACCAUAAAGGAUUAUGAACUUCCCAAGUUUUCAAAAGAAAGGAAUGAAGAGGUGUCUGAUAUCAUGAAAAAUUACACUAAGUAUUUGAAGUCCUUCGCCGAAAGAAACCUGAAGCUGUGGCAGGAUGUCAAACAGCAACAAGGCGAGUAG